AAUGAUUUCAGCUCUAUGCCAAAAUUCAUUAAUGCCGUCCACCUACUCCUAAUAAUGUCUCCUUAAAUUUGAAUGGUAUUGACAUUUUUUAAAACCAGUUUGGAAAUUUCAUUGCAUUUAUACUCAAAAAAUUCCAUUUCUCUGGAAAUAAUUAACUUGAUUGAGUUAAACGAAGCACAAUAUGCAUUCAUCGCCAUACAGCUCUCACUUGAUGUUGUAUGUUACAGUGUAUUGACUAAAUGCUUUUUGUUUAUUUAAACGCUAUUUUUUUGUUUGUGUUCCCUUUUUAAACCAAGUUAUUUGAGACGAAUUACUAGCUUAGCAAAUGCUUCAGUUUGUGAUAGAAUAAACAGUAUGUUACAAUUUUUGGUCUAAUUCCGAUCACAAAUGAGCCUCCACUCUAUUACUAAUUCAGGAGAUUUUGCUAUCUUAAUGGGACUUAUUGCUAUUUAAGAUUAACUUUCCCGCCCUAAAAAUCAGUUAGAUAUCGAUCAGUGGCCGAUUCGGUGUCUCCCAAUUCUACAUUGCUAAGACACUUGUGUCAAGUCCAUUUCUAUGUGCUUCCAGCAUUUUUGAUCGUUUCUCAUUUUUAAAAUUUCGGUUGCGACCCAUUUUUAUUUCGCACUAUUUGUUUAGCUGGUCAAGAGUUAAUCAGAUAAAAGUUACAAUGGUCCGUCCCCAUACAACAUAACAUAAAGUUGAUAUCCAGUUCGACAUAACUUCUUUAAAGACAAGUGUUAGGCCACCAUUAAGCAUUAGCAUUUAACCAGUUGCCGGGCUAAAUAAAAACCCACAAUCAAACCCCGGCUGACUUCUUAUCCCAGUGGCCCGGCGGAGCAACAGAGAGAAAGAGCUUAGUGCACUUUACUUUUAUUGUCUUCUUGUCUACGGGUCUAUUGACUGCUAGGUGACUGCUGUAUAUGUUUCUUGUAGUGUUGGGGGGUUAUGUUGUGUUCCUAUUUGUCAACAGCAGACGUCCCGGGUCGGGUGAAGAUUGAAUGAAUGUUUGAUAGAAUUUAAAGGGGCUUUGAGAUAUCUGUUCAAGCACGUUGGGGUGUCUAGGGAAUAUCGCCUCCCUCGUUCUCUUCUCAUUUAGGACCGACUGAACGCUGUAAUUUGUUCUGGAAACAGUUUUGGACAUUUUGUUUGCAUAAAUUGUAAGUAAUCAGCAAGAGGGUAAUCAAGUUUCGCCCAGACCCUUAAAGCCCCUUGGGCGAAAAAGAGAAAAGUGUGCUCAAAACAGUCAAAUAACAGAACACCACCGAAGCAAAAAUCAUACGGCUCAACAGUCUUACUACGCUUCAGGCAAUUUCACGCUUGAUCUGAACGCUUGUUCAUAAUAUCUGUCCUCCUGCUGUGUGUAUUAUACCAUUUUAAGUCCCCCUCCCCUACGCGCUCGAGAACAAAACCAAAAUCAGUUAUCUAUAUUUCCCAACUUUUGAAUUUCACGCCAUACAAUAUCUUGUUGAAUAUCAGGAACUUCGCGCCUGCAAAGCGCUUUCUUUCUAAGCAACUUCUGAAAAUAUCCGAUCUGAAUUUCCAAGAUCACGUCCACAGAUUAUUGCCUCCACUUAUUACAUUUAACCCAGUUCAAUAGUUAGCGGGAGUUUUGUGCGUAUUACCCAAAUUUGUACCAAUUUGAAAACAAGUGAACCUUGUUAUUCAUUUGCUACUUUGAGCCAGAUUUCGCACGUUAAAAACCGCCUGUUUGUUGUUAUCGUCUUAAUUCCAAACUUGGUCAAUCAGCUCUGGACUUUAUUUAGUUAAGAUCCGUGUGUUAAUUAUUUGACUGCUCCUGAAGACAGUCCGGAGGAAAAGUGUCAAAAGUUGGACUCUUCAUUCAAAAUUCUGUAUAUUCUCAAAAGUCGCGAAAUUUAUAUGAAUUACUUUACACUUUUACUUAAAAUCUCUUCUUACCGGAGACUGCUGUAAUUAACAAGUCUGGUAGAUUUUGUGUCUAAAAUAAGAAUCGGCGGCGAAAAAAGUCCUCACGGUUUUGUGUGGCCUCACUCUAAGGUGAUAUUAUACUGUGCCGGUAACUGUGAUGGAAAAUUAGAGUUUUGGCAUCUUGUCCCGUUGGUCCAAAUUAAUUUAACUGGACGCAGUUUUCAAAUUUGCAAUAAUGUGCAUCGGCUCUUUUUUUGCUCUAGAAAAAAAAAAUAGAAUAUUUUCCAUAUUCAGUUUACAGCAUCAUAAAUAAAACUUCAGCCACUGCUAGCUAUACGUGCGUGCAUAUCUAAUUAAGGAUGAAACGACAUCUACGUACUGGUGCAGUUCAGUUAUAACUCAUAACUAGGAACUGCUAAUAACUAAUUUCUAUUCUCACCCAAGUCUCAAGACGCAAAUUUUACUCCCUCCCCGAAUAUUUUUAAAUGUGCUUUCCAUUUGUGACUUUUGGACCCUAGUGAUGUGUAUGUAUUAGGAAACUAAACUCGAGACAUCGAUAGAUAGUUGCGACAUUCCAGCCAGUACUCUUUGCCUUCCUUUUAUCCAGUUAGGAGUUUUGCUCAUUAUCACACUUUGCACUUUUUACUUUUAUCUUCAUUCUACAUUAUUACAACAAAUACAGCUAUCUUCUCUCUUGUACGAGAACGUAGUAGAGAAAGUUUAUUACUUUCCCUAAUUUCUAGAUCUAACUCAAGUAGACCGCGAACAAGUGUAAAAGACAUACCAACUACUCAUUAGGAGUAGCGGAAUAUACCAGCUAGCAACCCUGAAAACAUAUUACCAUUUCAUCACCCCUGCGGUACUUCCCCCAACAUCUGAAUAUUAAAGCAUCUUUAAUUUAUCACCAGUGUGUUUAUAUUACUUAGUUUACUCUACUUUAUUGGAGCGAACUUUAUCUGCAAUGGAGUCUGGUAAUAGCAUCCAGCAUUAUUCUCCAUCACAUUAUGUGUCCACCAACCCCCCAGACGGUGCGGCGCACCCUCCGUUGCGCCAAGCUAUUUCAGCCCCCCAGACCCCAGUUUUUGCCGAGUACUUCGUGAUGCCGAAAGAUGCUGGCAACAAUCCGCCGCUACAUUCUGCCAACAGUAUGGCGAAUGGGGGAAUACAUAACCCGAAUGCCCAAUCUUAUCAAGUAACAAACUUGCCGUCGAACAAUUUCCAAAUGCAAACGCGACCUUUAAUUUAUCAACCUGCAAGUGCACCUGGGCUUUUGUAUCAGCAGCAGCCAGUGUUAAGCCCAUCUCCGGAUCAGCCGGAUGACAGUGGGCUGUGUGGGUUUUUGAAUUUUGGGUUCUCGAAGUCUUUCGAGAAUCUGGCUUAUGGCGACCAGGAAAAUGGAGAUAGUCCCGGUGGGGAGAAUCACAGUUUCAGAGUUUUUGCCGAGGAAACAACAAUGCAUGGAAUAAAAUACGUGGUGCUGCCGGGUGCGCGUAUCACCAUCAAGCGGGUGUUGUGGACCCUGGUGUUCGCCCUGUUCUGGGUCUACUUCAUCAGUGUGAGUGUGAAGAAGGUGCAGUUCUACUACUCCUACCAACAUAUUACACAGCUAGACGAAGAGUCACAGGCCUUAGACUUCCCUGCCAUCACAAUCUGCAACUUGAACCCAAUCAGACUGUCUGCAUUCACCCCCAGUGACCUCUACAAUGCGGGCAAGAUGUAUGACGUCAUAGAUGACAACAUGGCCCUCAAAGAGGACCUUUUCAGUGAUGACAACCCACAGACGAAGGUGCUGCGACAGAAGUUGGCUUCUCUGUCGGAUGCUGACAGGACACGUGACUUCAGUCUGGAGGAGUUCCAGAUGAGGGCUGGUCACAAGAUGAAGGACAUGUUGAAGGCGUGCAAGUGGAGGGACCUGACCUGUUCAUAUAUGGACUUCAAACCAGUUUUGACAGAGAUGGGUCUGUGCUACCAGUACAACUCCAACGCGACCUGGGACGAAGAGACUAAGUCGUACCAGUUCAAGAAGGUGUUCAAGGGAGGGGCUGGCAAUGGACUCAAGAUGCUACUGGUCACGGAAGAGGACGAGUAUCUCCCUCCUCAGAUCGAAAGCUUCGAGACUUCUCUGGAGACUGGGUUCAAAUUGGAGAUCCAUGACCCGGAUGUGCCCCCACUGGUCCACCAGCUGGGAGUGGGAAUCGCACCCGGACUGCAGACAUUUGUGGUGCUCCAAAAAGAACAGGUGACAUACUUGACUAAACCUUGGGGUGAGUGUGUGAAGACAUUCGAGAAGACUAUCAACUUCACCAAGUACAGUGACCCCGCCUGCAGGAUAGAAUGUGAGACAGAACACAUCGUGGACGAGUGCGACUGCAGACUCCCGUUCAUGCCAGUUCUAAGCACCAAACCCAAGAGUCAAAUUGUGUGCUCGCCUGCAAAAUACAAAGACUGUGCAAUUGGCCGACUGAACAAAAUUGAAGACGGUGAAGCGUGUGGACCUGAAACGUGCAUUAAACCGUGCGAAAUUUCACGCUACAAGAGCAGCAUGUCGUCAGUGAAAUUCCCAUCCUACCUGGGUGCCAUUAAAUUGAGCGAAGAGUACCCAGGAGUGUUCACGAAGAAAACAGAUGGAAAUAGUGAUUCAUCGGGACCUAAAGACGGAGAGAGUGGAGGAGAGAACUCAGAAGGCGGCGCGGGAGAAGCUGUCAGUGCGAAGGCUACUCAAGCGUACUGGAAAGAGGUAGAGAACAAAAUAUCAAAACAAGCCCUCGUGGUGUCUAUCUACUUUCAGUCUCUCAGUUUGCAGACCAUCAUCCAAGUGGGAGCUUAUGACUUCGCUGCAAUGCUCGGCGAUAUAGGAGGUCUGAUGGGUCUGUUCAUCGGGGCAUCGGCCAUGACCCUGUUCGAGUUCUUCUUCUUCUUCUGCGAUUCCCUCAUCCUCCGUCGCAAAGGUGCUUCCAGGAGCAGCUCCACCGAGGAGACAGAAAAGAGUGAGAUGAUGGGGGAGAAUCUGAGGAGUGCAGGAGGGGGACUGGGGGAGCAGCAGCCCCUGAAGAGUGUGUUGAUGGCCGCACCCCCCGGGGCUGUGGACGGGUCAAAGUUCGUGUUCAAUGUCAAUCACAACGACCACAAUGCAGAAUACAAUGCUGCCAUGUCCAGAUUGCUUCCACAGUUUAGUGCUCAUCCGUUGCACAAUUCAUUUCAACAUCAACAAAUGCAGCAACAACAGCAGCAACAACAACAAGCUCAGAGAGGUUACUCCCCCCUCCUCAAAAGACCCAGCUACACUGGGGGAGGUGCAUUCGGGCAGCCGCAGCAACUGCAACAACAACAGCAGCAUCCGAAUGACGGCGGAAUGAUGUCGCCACAUGACGCUUCCAGCUACCCAGCCUCCCCCGCCCCUCCCGCAAAUGGGGGGAUGGUCAUGCCGAAUUCCUCUUUUCCACACCAGCAGGCAAAUAUGCCCCAGAAUAUGUAUGUUACAACCGCCCCCUACCAGCCGGGCCAGGGGGGCAAAAUAUUCCUGCCGAACAGUCUGCCACAGGAGCGAUACUGCUGAAAAAAGCGAACAAAACUGAAAUUUUUAACGAAUAUCUUUUGUAGCUGGCGCUAAAUACCGAAGAAAGACGACUUUAGAGUUAUUAAAUGUCACGUCUAAGCUAUGAUUUGGUGUCAUUGCUGAAUUGUUGACUUGAUUCACAGAGCAGAGCGAUUGUUUAAAUUUAAAAUUGCCAUUUUUAUUUUGCGUAUUUCACAUUACUAUUUAAAUCUCACAUAAAUGCCAUACUUUGAGUCAUCGAUAAAUUUCCAGAUUUAUAUAUGGACAUUAAAAACAAUUGUCAUCUUAUAAACUGAAUAGCCGUGUCUGUUUAAUUCAAAAAAGUUGAGGUCGAAGCUUCAAGCGGAAAGCGAGUACUGUUUUUGAUCUAUCUAAAUUGGUAUGUGUAAUUUUAGAGCAUCUUUUAAUUCAAUUUUCUAUGAAA